AUCAAGAAGUGUGAGGCUGUUGGAGCUCAGGUUGAUGCUGUCAUAUCUGACAUGGGUCCCAGCAACAAAGCCCUAUGGAAACUUUGUGGGAUCGGGGCUACUAGGGCUUCUGGAGCAAGUGUUUCUUGCAGCCACCCAUGCAACGUGGAGCGGAGGUUGUACUUCCUUGCUGAUCCUCCACACAUUCUCAAGAAUCUCCGUGGCCAUCUUGUGAGAGGUCAAUCCAUUCGUCUCCCCCCGGAUGUUGUCAAAGCACAGAAUCUCCCAUGUGAUGAGGUGUCAGUGCGCCACAUCAGGAAAGUCGCAGAAAUCGAUGCUGACCAUGACUUGAAACUUGUGCCCCACCUUAAGCUGAGAUAUCUAGAUCCGAGCCACUAUGAAAAGAUGAAUGUGUCGUCUGCUGUGGCAGUUCUCAACCAUGCUGUCGCUGCUGCCAUCAGGGUUCUGGUACAGCUUGGGAAGCUUGAGAAGCAAUCCCUCACCACAGCCUGGUUUCUUGAACAGGUGGACAAGUGGUUCUGCCUCAUGUCAUCGAGGUCAGUUUCGACAGGUCUGAGCCACUUCAAGGAGAACAAGCACCAAGAUGCCGUGGGCUUCCUUGACGGAUUUGCACGCUUAAUGUCGACGGUGACGAUCAAAAAAGAAGUUCAGAAUGAAUGUUUUAAGCCUGUCCAGGCGGGCAUCAUGGUCUCAUCUGUGAGCGCAGUGCAGCUGCAGGAGUUUCUCUUGAAGAAGCAGAAGUUCAAGUUUGUUAUGUUGGGCAGACUGAGCCAGGACGCACUGGAGAACUUAUUUUCAUGUGUCUCGUGCAAAAAACCCGGUGCCUAG